AUGGCGUCUUCUCAGCUAGUCUCUUCUUUGCAAGAAACCGAUGAGAAGUCUCGUGCCUCUGACAUCGCCGAUCCUCGACCGACGAAAGAAUUCUACAUCCUCCCAAUCCCAACGCGCCUGCGUUACAAUCCAGAACUUCCGUUCAAGUUUACCUAUGGGAUAGCAGUCGCUUAUGCUGUUGUGGGUACCCUUAUCACAGCAAAUUUGUAUUAUUGCCAACCAUUGCUCAUCGAAAUGUCGAAAUCUUUCCAUGUAUCAUAUGAUGGUGUCGCAAGAAUUCCAACUUUUUUACAAGCCGGUUACGCAGUAGGCAUUCUCCUAAUUUGCCCGCUCGGGGACCUCCUUCAUAGACGGCAAUUGACCUUACUCCUCGUCCUGGCAUCCACGCUCCUGACAUUCGGGCUCACACAAGCGUUGAAUCUCGUGCUCUUCGAAUCGUUCACCUUUCUCGCAGGAUUAACAAAUGUCUCUUCACAAAUUCUUAUUCCCCUCGUCGCGGAAAUAGCGCCACCUUCUCAACGAUCAUUUGCUUAUUCCAUCGUACUCACUGGAAUGCUCCUCGGAAUCCUUCUAGCACGCAUCGUUGCAGGGAUCGUUGGCCAAUUCGUUGCAUGGCGCAUGGUUUAUUAUACAAUGUUUGGGCUCCAAUGCCUUGUCGUCCUGUUCUUGUACUUCUUCCUUCCAGAUUAUCCACCUAAACCGGAAAACAAAGGGUUGACAUACGGGAGGAUAUUUUGGACGAUGGCGAAGUACGCGGUAACGGAGCCCGUCGUUAUUCAGGUCAUCGUAAUCACUAUCGGGACGAGCGCGGCUUUCUCCAGCUAUUGGGUGACUAUGACUUUCCUGCUCGGGGGAAAGCCUUAUUAUUAUUCUACACUGGGGAUAGGCCUGUUCGGGAUCGUGGGUUUAGCUGGGGUGAUAGCGGGACCGCUGAGUGGAAGAAUCGUGGACCGCAUCAUGCCCUGGUAUGCGAUCCUGAUCUCCACCUUCCUUAUGCUUCUCUUUCAAGCGGUCCACACCGCUGCUGGCGGUAUUCAUAUAUCUGCCGUGAUAAUAUCGAGUUUUGGAUUGGACUUCCUGAAGCAAAUUCAAAACGUUGGGUUGCUGAUGUCGAUGUUCAGCGUAUCUCUCUCUGCGGGGUCUCGUUUAAACGCGCUUUUUGUACUCUCGUUUUACGUCGGUCAAAUCAUGGGAACCUCUGUGGGUACAAUGGUAUUCGUUCGAUACGGUUGGCGCGCCUCCUCAGCGCUUGGAAUGGGCUGGUACGCGAUGCAAAUACUCGUGCUUUUAGCGAGAGGUCCGCAUUGCAAAAGGUAUACCUGGGUCGGGUAUGAAGGAGGUGCAAGUUUAUGGAGAAUGAGUUGA